UAAAAAUGUUCCGUUUAGUUUGUAUAUUAUCGAUUCUCAGUGUUUUUCAGUUAAAUAAAGCCAAAUGCGGUGCAACUCCUGAUAAAAUUGUGGUGUGUCAUACUUUGAGCAAAAUCGAUGAACGCUUGAAUAAUACAGAAUUCAAAAUCGAAAAUGUUGAUCUAAAUCUGUGCACGCAUUUAGUUUGUAUUGACGAUAUCUGGCAGACAGCAUCCAAUAACGAACCAUGGACAAGUUUGACUGCAAGUUACAAACGAUUUACGAACCUACGGACGAAAUAUCCUCACUUGAAAAUUUCAGUUGCUGUUAAACAAAAUCCAGUUGAUAUCAUUCGAAUUGUUACCGAUAAAAUGCACCGAAAAGAAUUCAUCGAAGAUGCAAGUCGCUUCUUAUCGAGUCACAAACUCGAUGGACUGGAACUGUUUUGGGAUUUUUCAAAACUUAGACAAAACGACGAAUCAGAAAAUUUCUACAACAAUGAAGCACCUGACAAAGAUAUUGUGAUAAGUUUCAUAAAAGAGCUCAGUAGAACUCUCCAACGACAGAAUUGCUCACUCACCUCUUCACUUGUGGGAAUAAAUAAACGAUUUCUAAAGCUUUUUGGAAUCGCUGACUUCUCCAAACAUCUCAACUUUAUUAAUAUUCUGCCAAAGUAUAAUUUUCUGAACCACUCCGAAACUGCUCGCUACAAAAUCAAUGAAACACUGAACAUCAUAGCCACACCAGGCAUAGAAGCGACAAUCGAAAAUAUGAUUGAGCUAGGAGUUCCAGCAGCGAAAAUUGUGAUGGGAAUACAAUUUAUCGGUCAUUCAUUUUCGACUGAAGGAUAUGAAGAGCCAUGUACUCACAGUGAAGUCUGUAAUUUAGAGAAUCUCGGACGAAUUUGGGGCUUUGAUGAAUAUUUCGACAAUAAAACUGGCAUGGCAUUUGUGAAUAAUGAAGGAAAAUUCAUGUAUGCACAGUUUUUAAGAUCAUUCGAUAAAGAUUUACCAGUUCCACCGAUGGCUAUAAUGUACGAGAGUAGUAGAUCCGUCGCAAACAUUGUAAGAUUUGCUUUGCGGAGACGAAUAGCUGGAGUUAUGGCGUUUCCCAUUGAUGCAGAUGGUGCACUUGAUGUGUGCGAUAUUCGCGAUGACACAUUCGCAGAUUUGAAACAUUCAGAAUUAGCCACCGUAUCCAUUCCGUACUUCAGAGGAACAUUUCCCCUUCUCAGAACAAUCAAUGCCAUUAUCACGGUGAAUGUGGAAGAAGAUUAACGACAUGAAAAUUUAAUCAAAAUCUUCAACCAAAUAGUUACUAGCUGUAAAUUAAAGGCUUUAUUCUCGUCAAGUGCGAAGUAGCUUUUAAGAUUAUUAUUAGCAUCAAUGCUGUUGUAAUUCGUAUUAGAGUCUAGGAUAUUUAUCUCUUUUUAUCAAUAAGUAAAGAUCAAGUUACUUCAUAAAACUUUCCCCGUUCAUUGAAAGGGGCAAUAAUUUAUUAUCUCUCAACUUUUUUAUUGUGAUGGCAAAAGUGUGUAUUCUAACUUCAAGGUAUGAUAGAAAUGCCUUAGAAAUCGCAAUGACCGUAUCUCAAAAACUAGAGCUUCCAGAGUAAAACUAACGGAUUCGGAUUCAGCGGCUCCAAAAACCAUGGAAAUGAGUCACUCCCGCUGUGUGUUCCUUUGCUGUUGUAUAGUGUUAUUUUCGGCCAUUGCACCUGGAAACCAUAUGUUCAUUAUUUACAUUUUGAUACCGGUUUCUUUGCUUGGAAUCACUUAGUUUGAAAUAAAGAUAACAAUACAUUCCAUCAAAAGAAUUGAAUAAUUUUACAGAUUAUGAAGCAUACUAAUCUAAUCAGCAAACAAAUGGAAUAUUUAUCUUCUAUUUUUGACUUCAUUUGAGCAUUUCGUUUGAGAAUCCAUUCAAUAUUAUGUACUAGUACAGCAACAGAUUGAAUAAACAAUUAAGAGUUGUGAAUAAAUAUGCAAAUAUACAA